AUGCAAGACGAAAUCUUGAAGCUCACCGAAGUUGCUACCGAAUGGCACUUUGGAAACCAGGAGAAGAGGCAAUGGGCUCAAAUCCAGUCGACAUCCAAUCUACAGGCCGACAUGGUUACAUCCUUGGAUCCCAUCCUGAUUGCUGCCAUAUUGGGCAAGCACAGCAUGAGAACAAGUGGGAAACGUCCUCCCCCGCUCGCCAUUGCCAACCCCCAACGGUUGUCAGCAGACCAGUCCGAGACCUUGCGGGCCCUCUUCCAGGGUGCAUGUGAGAGCUCCAAGCCCAUGUAUCGUCUGGAGGACUACCAAUCUGCGAUGGUGGACUGUGCCCAGAGGAUGUCAAGCCACCUGCAAGACUGGGAGAUGAUCUCAGGGAAAGAGGAACCCCUUGCCAGACAGACUUUGAUUUGGUUGCUCAAUGCCUAUGGUGUGCUUGUUCAGCCAUGGUCUGGGGUGACAAUAGGGAUUAGGUCCAUUGGCGGGCACAAGCAAUUUGGCUUGGUAGCUAACCGUGACCUGGUUGCCAACCAAUACCUCCAAGAGUUACUAGGAAUGGUACCUUGUGAUAUAGGCACAAUUCCUUUCACAGACUUAUCUGUGAUAACUCCUCACCCUUACACGCUAGAAACCUUCCAACCUGGAGAAAGACAGCCAUACUUUGGGCCAAUGAGGUUUGCCAACCACCACUGUACCAGGGACAAUGCAAUGUGGUGUGCAGUCCAAGAUACAUGGGCAUUUGUCCUCUAUAUCACAAAGGAUAUCAAAAAGGGGGAAGAAAUACUGGUGAACUAUGGUGAAGAUUACUGGGAGGGGGAAUUGCCACUAGAGAAUACCAACCAGCAAACCAGGGGGGAAGAUGGCAAGAGAGAGAAGAAGCGUCUUAGGCAAAAGGACCGUAGGGCAAACAAGAAGGCUAUAUUAGCAGUGGAAAGAGCCUCUAGGACAACCUGA